ACUCUUUUAAUCAUAAAAGUGCAUUGUUAGCUGGUGUUCGUAUUAUUAAUUAGAUCGCGAGUAAUUUACAAAAAAAUAAAAUGUACUCGUCGAAAAAAUUCGUAAACGUGUUAAAAAAUGUGCCAUAUCGAAAAUAUUCAAAUGUAGCGACGAGUAAUAAGAUUAAUCUUAUUGGUAUAAUUAUUCCAGUACCGACUCCUUUUCAUGAAAAUGAACACCAGUCAGUCGAUUUCGAUAAGUUGAAGAAAAAUAUCGAUAAAUGGGAGACGAUACCUAUUACAGGAUAUUGUAUCGGAAGCACUAAUGGAGAAUGGCCUUUCUUGAGUAACGAUGAAAAAUUACAAAUACUAGAAACAAUCAAAUCAUCGGUGAAUUCUUCCAAAUUGGUAAUCGCUGGAACUACUUGCGAAUCAACGAACCAAAGUCUCGACUUGAGUUUAGCUGCAAUUGAUCGUGGAGCUGAUGCAAUUCUGCUCAUGACACCGCACUAUUUUCGUCCUCAAAUGACGCAAAAUGUUAUCGUUGAACAUUUUACCAAGAUCGCUGAUUCUAUAUCGGUUCCUUUGAUCGUUUAUAAUAAUCCGUUCGCUACUGGGAUUGAUUUAAGCUUGAGUACUAUUCAAAUACUCGCCGAUCAUCCGAAUAUUUGCGGCAUUAAGGAUGCUGAUGUAUUCAAACUUGGAGCAAUAGUUGAAAGAACUAAAGAUAAAGGAUUUGGAGUAUUGGCCGGAUCUGCCGGAUACCUACUGCCUUCUUUACUAAUGGGAUGUUCUGGAGGAAUGAAUGGAUUGGCUGCUGUACUAGGAGGUCCAUUAUGUGAGAUGUUCUCCCUUGCUCGAGCCAAUCAGUGGGAUAAAGCGGUAGAAAUUCAAAAAAAAUUACUAAUGCCAGAUUUCCUUCUCCUUCGAGAACUGGGUCCUUCGGGUUUGAAAGCUGCCAUGGAUAUGCUGGGAUAUUUUGGAGGUUCGUGUCGUAAACCUUUGCUGCCGGUGGAUUCUGAAAUCAGGAAUCGAAUUCGACAGACUCUUCAAGCUUCUGGUUACCUCUGAAAUUUUGUAAACCGCUACUAAUGCGAUGGAAAUCUUAAUUUCAGGAAUUGUUACUAAAAUGGAGUAAAUUUAUAUUAUUUCUUUAUUUUUCUGCAUACAAUUUUCAGAAAUUCAGAAUUCUCAACUGCAUUUUCAAUUUUUGAUUUUAUUUUUAAGUUGAUUUCAAGUUAAUUCUAAAUUAUUUCAUUUUAAGUUAUGUUUUCAAUAUUUUAUGCUCAUUCGUUUCUAAUUUUUUCAGAUUUGAAUUUUAUUCGCAUAUAAAUAGUUUAAGUUUUA